AUGGCUCCCGCAGCGCGUGCAACACGAGCAACAAAGAGUCAGAGAGGCAGCAGUUCAAAGCCAGCAGGCACGAACAACACAACGACUAACGAAGAUACCGUCAAGGAACUACCAGGAGAUGGAAUGAGCUGGUAUCUUAGAUCUUGGCCCACUCAGUCAAAGGCGGCGGCCGUUACCGAGGUCGCCCGUGAGAGCAUAUCAGCGGCUAGUUCAGCGGCUUCUCAACGCUCACGAUCAUCCUCAUCUUUACGAAGCACAGCCAAAUCCUCCCGACCUCCCUCGAUCCAGUUGACGAAAAAGGGCGGAGCAUCUGCUAGGUCGCUCCCAGCCGACGUUGCCACAACAAAAGUGAACAUUGCAUCAACAGGGGCCUUGCCUAUGCCAAUCGUCUCGAGUGAUAUUGUUAGGAAUGUCCAUAGUGGUUUAAAACCGUCCGACGUUACGAAUAAAACGGAUGGCGAGCUAAAGAAGGACGAGGAAUCACAGGAAGCAGACGCGAGUGAGCAAAAGAAGGACUCAUCGAAUGCACCAUCGGAAACAGUUGAACUACCACCGAAAGAUGCACAUAACGAACCCCCGCGCUCAACAGGUUGGUUCGAGUGGCUCUCAAUGGCAAAGACUACAAAUGAACCCACUGAACCUACUCAGCAACCAUCUGACCCUGCUGUUGUGAAGGAGGAAGAGGUUGGGUCGUCUACACCGAAGAUUGAAACUGAAGAAACAUCCAGUUCAACCAAUCACGAUAUCAACAAACAUGAUAGCUCGGCACUCAAAGAAACACAAAUUUUACAAUCAAGGUCAUGGUUUCAAUUAUGGGGAGGAUCUACUUCAAGCCUUCAAGCAAAACCUCUUGAAUCGAUCACGAAUCCCGAAGGCGUGGAGAACACCACCGCUACAUCACAAUCUAAUCAACCGGGAGAAACUAUCAACUCGACACAACCAGAAGAUGCAAGUGAUAAAAAUCAACCAGCCGAAGAAACCACCCAUAAACGUGCAGAAUCUGCCUCUGGAUGGCUCUUUUGGCCAAGACAACAGGUAGACGCAGGGUCUGUUGCUAAGAACGGAGAACAUGCAGCAGAGAACGUGCCAUCCGAUGGAAACACCAAGGAACAAGUGGCGGGUUCCUCGGUGGCCGCAGAGGUACAAAAUAUCCCGGCAUCCAAGAACUCUCGUGUCAAAUCAUCUACGGCUACUCCCCCAGCCGCAACUCCCCCCGAACCCUCUUCGCAAACCGUUCCCAAAGAACCGCCACUCCAACCGGCAAAUGUUCCUGUAACUCCGCCAACGAAGAAAGGGGAGCGUACGCCGCCAAAUCAAGUUCUCCCGUCCUUCCAAACGAGUUUUCCCGUCGAGAGUAGGCCUGGUUUCAUUGAGCAGCUCAGCCGUCUACUUUACAAGAAGGGAUCGGAACCGAGACACGUCUUACGCAGCCACACCACCCCGCAGAUUAAAAAAGCCAUUGCAAUCGGUAUCCAUGGGGUAUUGGGCCAACCGACAGGAACCUCCGUUAAGUUUGCCUCUAUGGCCGCCAGAGCGAUUGAAGAAUGGGCCGAUGAAAACAACUCACCCUGCCACAUCGAAAAGAUUGCCCUCGAGGGCGAAGGCCGCAUUUCCGAGCGGGUCGACUUGCUCUGGAAACUACUUCUCAACUGGAUUGAGCAUAUUCGGGAGGCUGACUUUGUGCUGGUCUCUUGCCACAGCCAAGGUGUCCCGGUUGCAACUAUGCUGGUCUCGAAGCUAAUAGCCUUCGGCUGUGUGAGCAGCGCGCGGAUCGGCAUAUGCGCAAUGGCAGGUAUCAACCUAGGGCCAUUCGCUGACUAUAGGUCCCGUUGGAUCAGCGGGUCAGCCGGAGAGUUGUUUGAUUUUACGGACACUGAAAGCAAGGUCUCGAAAGAUUACCGCACGGCUUUGAAGGCUGUUCUUGAUUUUGGGGUAAAGGUUACUUACGUUGGAAGUAUAGACGAUCAACUUGUAUCUAUGGAGUCAUCUACAUUCACAACCGUCUCACACCCUCAUAUUUACCGUGCCGUAUUUGUCGACGGACGGGUGCAUGCUCCCAGCUUUCUUUCGCAUCUGGUUGGCUUCACUAUGAAACUGCGUAACCUAGGAGUCUCCGACCACGGCCUAAUUCGAGAACUCAGUUCUCCUCUUGCUGGGAGUUUAUACACCGGAGAAGGUCACUCCCGCCUCUACGAAGACAAGAACGUCUACAAACUAGCAAUAAGGUUUGCCUUGGAAACGACUGUGGUCAACAACACAGCCGUCCAGUUUCAUAAGAUGAUUGCGCCCACGGCGUCGACGUCAACUGCGAACCCGUACAUACUUCCGUUUGCGAUGCGCGGAGUGCUCGAAGAAGAAUACGUUCGGCAGGAAUUGUCGGACGAAACCACGGAGCUGUUGAAACAGUUUGAGGACUGGAAGCCGUCCACAAAAACAUUAAAAGACGUCAAGUUCCGUUUAGAGGGGAUACGGUCUAAACUUUGA